AUGGCUGCAGAAGCAGUUUCUAUUCCGCCAUCGGUUUCAUGGGCACAGCGGAGUGCUCGUGUGUUUCUAACGUUUAAUGUGGAAUGUGAAAAACCAGAUAUUAAAUUUGAAAAGAAAUUGGUAACCUUUAAAGGAAUAUGUGCUCCUGAUAACAAAUUGAAUGAAGUCGAAAUACCCUUGUAUUCAGAGAUAGAUCCGGAGAAAAGUAGUUACAUUAACAAGGGCAGGCUAAUUGAGGUUGUCUUAACUAAAGAGAAACAAGAUGAACCAUUUUGGCCUUCAUUAACCAGUGAUAGGAAGAAGCACCAUUGGCUUAGAGUGGAUUUUAACAGAUGGCAAGAUGAAGAUGAAAGCGCUGAUGAAUUUGAUAAUAACGAUGACAUGUUCUCAAAUAAAAUGGGAGAUUUUGGUGACGAAUAUGAAAAUGAUGAUUCCAGCUCCAUCGAGGAUGAAGAUCUCCCAGAUAUUCAAUAA